AUGGCCGUGGGCAAUAUCUACGUGAUCGCUGCCGUCUCCGUGAUUGGUGGCGGUCUAUUCGGUUUCGAUAUCUCGUCUAUGUCUGCUAUUCUCGGCACCACUGCUUAUAAGUGUUAUUUUAACGAGGGUCCUAUUGGACCUCCCUUUACCGAUGAUGAGACCUGUUCUGGAUUGAGCUCGCUGAACCAGGGUGGUGUCACUGCCGCUAUGCCUGCUGGUUCCUGGCUUGGUGCUCUGAUCUCGGGCUAUGUCUCUGAUCGUCUGGGCCGCAAGUAUUCUAUCAUGGUUGGUUGUAUUAUCUGGUGUAUCGGCUCCGCUAUUAUCUGCGCUUCUCAAAACGUGGGCAUGCUAGUCGCUGGCCGUGUUAUUAACGGUCUCUGUGUCGGUAUGGAAUCCGCCCAGGUCCCCGUCUACAUCUCCGAGAUCUCUCCUCCCUCCAAGCGUGGCCGUCUCGUCGGCUCCCAGCAAUGGGCCAUCACCUGGGGUAUCCUGAUCAUGUACUACAUCUCCUUUGGCUGCUCCUAUAUCGGCGGUCAGACCUCCUCCACUUACAGCACAUCUGUUUUCCGUAUUCCCUGGGGUGUGCAGAUGGUUCCCGCUGUCCUGCUCUUCUUCGGAAUGAUGCUCCUGCCCGAGUCGCCUCGCUGGCUUGCUCGCAAGGACCGCUGGGAAGAAGCCCGCGCCGUCCUCACUCUGGUCCACGGACAUGGCGAUCCUGACUCCCCCUUCGUGCAGGCCGAGAUGCAGGAGAUUGGAGAGAUGUGCGAGUUCGAGCGCCAGCAUGCUGAUGUUACCUACUUCGAACUGUUCAAACCCAGGAUGAUUCACCGUACCUUCACUGGUAUCUGGUGCCAGAUCUGGUCGCAGCUCACUGGUAUGAACGUCAUGAUGUACUACAUUAACUACGUCUUCAACAUGGCCGGUUACUCCGGUAACAGUGCCCUACUCGCUUCUUCCAUCCAGUACAUCAUCAACGUGGUCUGCACCGUCCCGGCCUUGAUCUGGGUUGACCGCUGGGGCCGUCGCCCGACCCUUCUGGUUGGCGCCGCCUUCAUGAUGGUCUGGAUGUACGCCAACGCCGGUAUCAUGGCCACAUACGGUACUGUUGUCCCCGGAGGUAUUGACGGCGUCCCCGAAGAAUCCAUGAUUCUCUCUGGCGCCCCUGCCAAGGGCCUGAUCGCCUGCACAUACCUCUUCGUCGCUUCCUACGCCCCGACCUGGGGCCCCAUGUCCUGGGUCUAUCCCUCUGAGUUGUAUCCGCUUCGUGUCCGCGGCAAGGCCGUCGCCCUCGCUACCUCCGCCAACUGGGCAUUCAACACCGCUCUGGGUCUGUUCACGCCCGUCGCUUUUGCCAACAUCCGCUGGCAGACUUACAUUAUCUUCGGCGUGUUCUUGACUGUCAUGUGGUUCCAUGUCUUCUUCCUCUUCCCCGAGACUGCUGGCAAGACUCUCGAGGAGGUUGAGUUGAUUUUCGAGGACCCUCAUGGUAUUCCUUACAUUGGUACCGCUGCUUGGAAGACGAAGCACGAUACCAAGCGGACUGAGGCUGCUGAGGCUGGUGAUGUUGAGGCUCUUGGUGAUAAGCUUGCUUUGGGCGAUAAGUCUGUUGUCACCCACAAUGAGACUACGGCUUAA